AUGGACGACGACAGCGUUCACACGCCGGAGGGUUCGACGGAAGAAUCUGAUUCGGAGGUUGAAGACGACGGUGACGUUGUGAAUUACAGUGCACAUUUUGUGACAGACACGGUUUUUCUAACGUUUGACGAUGCAGUUACAUGGGCGGAUGUUGUUGCAAUAAAUCUGGGAUUUAUUUUGGUGAAAUCGUCUUUCAACAAACAGAGGGAUGGUCGACCAGUUCGAUAUUUAAGAUGUGACCGGGGACGCAGGAGUAAGCCGAGAGAUCUUGAGAACGCAAUUCGGAAGGACACCAAAACCAAGGGCAUUGGUUGUCCUUUCUACAUCAAGAUAUGUUACGAGUUCGUCACCAAUACUUGGUUUAUCCGGGCGAAAGAUGAUGUAACUGGGACCCACAACCAUCCAAUGAUUGCGUAUCCAGAGGGUCAUCGUAAAAUUAGUGGGUUGAGCCCGAAUGCGAAUUAG